UUUGUGUUCAUAUUUCUUCUUCGUUUCCUGAAAUUUCAAUCGCUCUUCAAAUUCUCCGUAUAAUCCGAUCUCCAAUUUUCUUCUCUCUCUCUCAACUUUCCCCCCCUUUUUCUCUGUUGAAUUUCUCAUUAAAUUCUGUGCCACAAUUUUCUGUGCUCCAGAGCGCGCGGAGGAGAUCAGGAUCUCCGCCGUGAGCUCGCCGGAACGUGACGCCAUCUCCGGCCAGAAGCGGAGGUAAAGCGAGCAGGAAAACGCCGAGACAGAGGGAGAAUUCGGAAAACAGCAAAGGAAAAAUAUGAAGAGAGAGAAAGGCAUCGAGGAAGCGUUGGAGGAGGUUGUUUGCACGGCACAGAUACCUAGAUCUCUUCUUCAAUCUCCCUUACCCUUGCCUUUUGCCGCAAUUUAUUCCGUUUCCUUGUCAUUCUUAAAUUCAGAGAUGAUUCUCCCUUCUUGAAAUCCCUUCUGCUCGUUUCUGUGUUGUAUCUUUUUUUUUUCCUGAGAAAUGAUGCUGUAAUUUUACAGGUGACUUUGGUUGAAUUUUUUUCCUUGACUUUUAAAAAAAUUUGAGCUGGCUUUCGUUUGAUCUAAAGAGGAAAUUGUUGUUUUUAGACCAAAGGUUGUUAAAUUUUGUUUUCUGCGGCUCUGUACUGUGUGAUCCGGUGUUGAAUUUUGGUUUAAUCACCUGAAUUUUGAUGUGUGAGGGGAUUGUUGUUUGAAUUUUUACCGACUUCUGCCUUUUUUUUUUCGAUCUGUUCAAUUCGAGAAUUCUAUUUGGUGAUGGAGUUUUGUCGAGUGAAAAUUUUCAUGUGAAAAUUUUGAGUUGUUGUUUGGUAAAAAUUUAUUACUCCACCAUUUAAGAAGCGAGAUCUUAAAUGCAGCUGUUUAUCAUGUGAAUUUUGUUGAAUUAUAGGUGUACUUGCACAAUUUUUUGACAACCUAUUAAUCAAACUUAAAAUAUGAAAUGAAACCGCUCUACUUUUAACUUAGAAUUUGAUUAGCUAGACACUUAUUUCGUGUUGGACUUCAACUACAAAAUUAUUUGUCUUUGUUUGUGGUUUCUCAUGCGUCUGGUUUUCCACUUUCUUUUCCUCAGGAUGUUUACAUUUUACCAAUUGUCCGUGCAGAUUCUGUCUGAAGCUGUUUCUUCUUAACUACCACAAGAAUCGACGUUUUUGUGAUUGGUGGAAGCUAAGGGGUAAUUUUAUUUUGUAAGGAACUACCAAGCUAUCUUAAAUGAUGAACUCUCGGGGUUUUUCUCCUUCGUCCUUUUCAGAGGAGGUGCGCUUGUCUGAUGAGAAACAGGUUGGUAUGAAGAAAAUGGACCAAAUGAGUGAUUCUGCAGGUUUUAAACUAGAUGGGAUGUUAAGACCUGAAGGUGUUGCUUCAUCGCCACAUGAAAAUGGAAUCCCGUUCAAUUCACAUAUGGGAAAUGGUUUUGCUCUUCCUGACUAUUAUCUCAGUUGUGGUCGUAAUGUUAACCUUCCAUUUGGAAAGCAUCUUAUUGGAGCAGAUAGAGCAGUCAGCCGCUCCUUGCCUAGCGCUGUUGAUCAUGAUCUGGGUUCUAGAACUAAUUCUUCGAACAUAGAGCCUGUGCCAUAUUGUUUUGAUGGAGAUAACAUAAACCUCACGGGUGCUCAGUACGAAAAUGGCCUUUUUUCAAGUUCAAUGUCGGAUUUAUUUAGUAGAAACUUAAAAUUGUCAUCUAACAAUGGUCAAUAUGGUCACUCCUUUGCUGCUGCUGCCUCCCAUUAUGAGGAAGAGGAGGUUUUUGAAUCGCUAAAAGAACUUGAGGCUCAAACUAUUGGUAAUCUUUUACCAGAUGAUGACGACUUGCUUUCCGGUGUGACUGAUGGGUUUGGCAGUGUUAAGAGAACUAAUAAUGUGGAAGAUGGGGAAGAUCUAGACCUGUUUAGCAGUGUUGGUGGAUUGGAACUUGGAGAUGAUAGCUUCUUGCAAAGAAAUACUGAACUUUCUGAUUUAAAUUCUAUCAAUCAGCUGGGAAUAUCUCUGGGCUCGAACGGCGGGGAACACCCUUUUGGUGAGCAUCCUUCUAGGACACUUUUUGUCAGAAAUAUAAAUAGCAAUGUCGAGGACUCUGAAUUGAGAACACUUUUUGAGCAAUACGGAGAUAUCCGCACCCUGUAUACAGCAUGCAAGCAUAGGGGGUUUGUUAUGAUCUCAUAUUAUGAUAUAAGAGCAGCCUGCAAUGCAAUGAAAGCUCUUCAGAAUAAGCCAUUGAGGCGUCGGAAACUUGAUAUACAUUUCUCAAUUCCUAAGGAUAAUCCAUCAGAAAAGGAUGUUAACCAGGGUACCGUUGUGAUUUUCAACCUUGAUUCUUCUGUUUCAAAUGAUGAACUCCGUGAAAUAUUUGGUGUCUAUGGUGAAAUCAAGGAGAUUCGUGAUUCUCUGGGCAUGUCUUAUCAUAAAUAUGUAGAGUUUUAUGAUGUCAGAGCUGCAGAAUCUGCACUUCGUGCGUUGAACCGGAGUGACAUUGCUGGAAAGCAGAUUAAGCUUGAACGAGGCCGACUUGAUGGCUCCCAAAGAUUCAUGCAGCCUAUUUCUUCUGAACUGGAGCAGAAAGAAUCUGAUUUUCUGUUUCAGCAUAGCCCUUCGAAUAAUUUAUCAAGUGGAUUUUCUGGAUCACUUUCGCUUGGGGGGACAUUGUCCGGUACAGAUAAUGGAAUUCAUGGCCCUCUCUCGACAAAUGGAGGUCAUAUGGGAUCUCUCCUGGAUAAUGUGCUGCAACAUGGCGUAUCAUCUAGUGUACCUAACAGCUUACCAUCUCUCAUAAGAGUUGAAUCUGGAAAUCAAUCCAAUAUCACUGAAUCUGGCCAUCAACGGAACCACCCGAAAUUUGAGCUCCAGAGCCAGUCAAAUCUCCAUCCGCAUUCUCUUCCUGAAUAUCAUGAUGGUUUAGCAAAUGGGCCUCUCUUCGGUUCUCCAAGUGAUAUGGCUGCAAAUGUUAAUUCUCGGCCUCAAGAAAUAAUUGAUGGCCAGCAGUUCCGCAGAAUUAGCUCCAAUGGACAGUCGAUCGAGUUAAAUGAUGUUUUUGGUUCCGCUGGAAACGGGAGUUGUCCUCCUCCUGGGCGUCAUUACAUGUGGAGUAAUUCCCAUCAUCCACAACAACCUCAGGCUGUUUUAUGGCCCAGCUCACCGUCAUAUGUCAAUGGUAUUGGUGCUGCUCAUCCUUCACAGAUGCAUGCUGUACCUCGAGCACCAUCUCAUAUGAUGAAUUCACUUCUAUCUAUCAAUAGCCAUCAUGUUGGAUCAGCACCUUCUGUCAAUCCUUCUCCAUGGGAUAGGCGGAAUGCCUUUGCAGGGGAGUCGCCUGAUGCUACUUCUGUUUUCCACCCCGGUUCACUAGGGAACAUGAGGAUUUCUGGUAAUUCCCCACAUCCACUGGACUUUGUCCCUCAUAAUUUCUUUCCACGCCCUGGUGGAAAUUGUAUGGAUAUGCAAAUGUCUUCCAAGAAUAUUGGACUACAUCCUCAUCACCAAAGGGGCAUGAUUUUUCCUACAAGAGGCCAAAUGCUUCCUAUGAUGAGUUCAUUUGAUUCUCCUAAUGAACGAACUAGAACCCGAAGAAAUGACUGCAAUUCAAGUCAACCUGACAACAAAAAGCAAUUUGAGCUUGAUUUAGAGCGAAUUGCACAUGGAGAUGAUAAACGGACCACACUUAUGAUAAAGAACAUUCCUAACAAGUACACAUCAAAGAUGCUUCUUGCUGCAAUUGAUGAACGUCACAGAGGAACUUAUGAUUUCAUUUACUUACCUAUCGAUUUUAAGAACAAAUGCAAUGUAGGUUAUGCCUUCAUAAACAUGACUGAUCCUAAACUUAUAGUGCAUUUUUAUCAGUCUUUUAAUGGAAAGAAAUGGGAGAAAUUUAACAGUGAAAAAGUUGCAUCUAUAGCAUAUGCUCGGAUCCAGGGGAAAGCUGCCCUCAUUGCACACUUCCAGAAUUCAAGCUUGAUGAACGAAGACAAAAGAUGCCGUCCUAUACUUUUCCAUACAGACGGUCCAAAUGCAGGCGAUCAGGUCCCAUUCCCAAUGGGUCCCAACAUUCGACCAAGGCCUGGAAAAACCCGAACCAGCACCUCCGAUGACAACAAUCAAGACUUCCCAUCAAACUCUCUAAACGGGGAGGAUUAUUACAACGGAGAAUCAUCUUCUGGUUCGGGCAAAGAUUCAGACUGAGUUUUACGACACAACUAACCUCGUAGAAACUGAACAAACACAGGCUAGUGAUUGUACCGGAAAUUUUGCUACUGUACAUUAAAGUGUGGUAUGGUUAAGAAGAAAGAGCAGAGGGUAGAAAUUGACAAUUUGCCUGACCAAAGGAGCAACAUCAUGGAGCUUCGAAAUUUUGAAUAUCGACAUUUUGAGGAGUUUGCUUAUGUUGUGUGUUUGUAUAGAGAGAGAGAGCAUGCAAAAUAUGGUGUAUGGAGACCAUUCUCUUUUCUUGCUCUUGGCACUUUUUGUUUGGCCCCUCUUUCAUCUUCUCUUGUUUUUUUGGGCUAUUUGCUAAGAGAAGUCGAGUAACAAACCGCUAGAAAAUUUUUUGUUGUGUCAUUCAUGGAUGGAUUGCAUCAUUUUUUUACUACAUGUAACUUUCACUUCUUUA